CUCCCCUUUGACAGGUAAAGAAACACCAGUGAAGAGGGAUUUGCCAAACAGACAGUCACUACAAGCAAGGACAAGCUAAUCAUGGGUGACAGUAGUUGCAGCAACGGGACCCACCACUCAGGGGCGGUACAGUCAGACCCACAGCUGUUUGAGGCCCAGUUUGAGGAGCUGGUGACAGAGCUCACAGAGCAGGACCUCACAGACCCUGUCCUUGCUGACGCUCUCAACAGACUCAGAGAGGUGUUGCACUACAACACUCCUGGAGGAAAAAGAAACAGAGGUCUGUCUGUGAUUGGCUCUUUGAGGGAGCUUGUCCCUCCCACAGAGCUGACCCAGGAUGCUGUGCGACGGGCCCUGCUGGUUGGCUGGUGCAUUGAGCUGCUCCAGGCAUUCUUCCUGGUAGCUGAUGACAUCAUGGAUGCUUCAGUGACUCGGAGAGGUCAGCCCUGCUGGUACAAGAGGGAGAGAGUGGGUCUGGAUGCCAUCAAUGAUGCCUUCCUCCUGGAGGGAGCCAUCUACAGACUACUGCGCAGACACUGCAGGGCACAGCUCUACUACGUACACCUAUUGGAGCUCUUCACUGAGACGUCCUUCCAGACAGAGCUGGGCCAGGCUCUGGACCUGAUGACCGCUCCUCCUGGUCAAAUAGACCUCAACCGCUUCACCAUGGAGAGAUAUAAGGCCAUAGUAAAGUACAAAACUGCCUUCUACUCCUUCUACCUCCCUGUGGCAGCAGCCAUGUACAUGGCGGGCAUUGACAGUGAAGAGGAACACAACAACGCUAAACACAUCUUACUGGAGAUGGGAGAGUUCUUCCAGAUACAGGAUGACUACCUGGAUUGCUAUGGCGACCCGGCGGUGACGGGGAAGAUUGGAACAGACAUCCAGGACAACAAGUGUGGCUGGCUGGUGGUGACUGCUUUAGGGGUCAUGACCCCGGAACAGAGGGCAGAGCUGGAGUCAUGUUAUGGUCGGCAUGACAGUGUGAGUGUGGAGAAGGUGAAAGCGCUGUACAACACCCUACAGAUGUCCACCCUGUACCACCAAUACGAAGACGACAGCUACCAGCGCUUACAGAAACUCAUCGCUCGGCACGCCCAAAACCUUCCACAUGUAGUUUUCCUCAACUUCGCCAAGAAAAUCUACAAGAGAAACAAGUGAAGACUAUGACGAGGGGACAGUUUUUUUUGGGGGGGUGGGGGUGUCACACUGUAGCUGGACUGAGGAGGGCUAGUUGGUGUGGCUGCUUCCAUUUCGGUCCCUUGCUCCUACCCCUUCAGUGAACACCAUGGGGUUAAGGGCUAGGGCAGGGCUCUCCAACCCUGUUCCUGGAGAGCUAUCAUCCUGUAGGUUUUCGCUCCAACCCUAAUCUAACACACCUGAUUCUAAUAAGAGCGGAAACCUACAGGAGGGUAGCUCUCCAGGAACAGGGUUGGAGAGCCCUGGGCUAGGGUAAGGGUCUAGGGACUUAAAUAGAACAAGGCUUUAGUUUGGACUGAGAGUGAGCCUGGUUGAGAUUAGGCCAGUUAGUCUUAAACCUGGUCUUCAAGGACCCCUAUGUGUGCACAUUUUUCCUCCACUCUGAUUUUCAAUUAUGUACAGAAUAACUGAUUACUCAAAUUGUGAAUAUCAUGUCAUCAAAAAAGUCUGUCAAUCUCUUUGUCUGUCUCUGUAUCAAUCUAGUUAUUUAUUGAUGAUGAUGUGAGUAUGACAUCAUGUCACUGUCAGGAACUGUUUGCUCUAGAAUCCCAAGGAUUUGAUAAUGACGGCAGGGAAUGACAUCAUUAUUGGUCGAUGAUCACCUCAAUCAGGAUGACAACCUGUUUUUACAGGGGUCCCUGUAGACCAUUGUUUAGUAGAGUGGUCUGGUCUCUACCAGUAGAGUGGUCUGGUCUCUACCAGUAGAGUGGUUCAGUAGAGUGCAGUCUCUACUAAUAGAAGAGUUUAUUAGUAGAGUGAAUAGACUAGAGCAGGAAGCUUCCUGAAAGGAACAAUCCUGCUGUCUCUCUCACACAGUGUUCUGUCCUAUCUUUGUAUUUCGUUUUCUCUAUCUCUCGCUGUGUAUGAUCACCUCUUUCUGUCUGUAAUUACUACUGUAAAUCUACCUGCUGCUGACAGUCAUCUUAUUGCUUUUAAUAAAGAAAUGUGACCAACAUGA